UUCAAAGUUAAUGUAAAUUUUAUUGCUGAAGUUUUAUUAUAUAGCUACGAAUGGUUGUUAGAGUAUUGAACACAACAUGAAAUUUUGUUUCAAGUUGUGUUUUACAAUUUUAUACUCAGUAUUUUCGAUAAGCAGCUCUUCAAGAUGUGGGUGCAAAAAAAUGAGACACUGCUACAGAGACAUGCUGGAUACUUUAUUAGAUAGAGAAGAGGCCGCAUGCAUAGAAGAUGCGGCAAUUGGAACCAGCACGAUUACAGUAUUCUUGAAGGCCUUGAAAAAAUAUUGCGGUGAACAUAUCGAAGUAAAUAAUGAAUAUGUUACUUAUGAAGGAAGGCAUCUUUACGAGGUGGUCCUGAAAAGCAAUAAAGAAAGUGCAAGGCAGGAAGAUCAGAAGCCAGUGCUGGUGUUGGAAGCGGGUCAGCAGGGCGGCACCGAGCCAGUGAUGCUGGCUCUCUACGUGAUUGAACAACUCGUCGCUUGCCAGGAGUACAACGAAUUGAUUGACAAAGUGCGCUGGGUGAUACUGCCGUGUACCAACCCCGACGGCCAGGAGUAUGCGAGAUUUAACCACAUGCUCUGGAAGAAGAACUUAAGACCAUCAGAUGACCGUCUUAGUUUCGGCGUAGACAUCUCUCGAAAUUUCGACACACAAUGGGGCUCGUGUCCACGAGUCGACAGCGGAUUUUCGCAAAUAUUUCCCGGACUAGCACCCGCGUCCGAAAACGAAACUGUAUUUAUCAAGAACGUAUUAUCGAAAUACAAGAAAGACGCGAAAGUAUACGCAUCAAUAAAACGGGACGGACAUUCAAUUGGCUACCCUUAUGGGUACAUGAAAUCCAACGCGCCCAAUAAUGUGUUACUUAUAAAAGUGUCCGGCGAAGUUGCGUCUAAAGUAAAUCAGAGGACCGGCGGCGUCCAUUUGUUCCUCAACAACAGCAUAUACGAGCUGGAAGGCAAGCCGUAUUGCGGGCACAGCGUCGACUACGCUUAUGAUCUCGGCAUACCAUUGUCGUUCGACAUGCGAGUGUUCCUCGGGAACGAUAACCGCAUCAUGACAAAGUUUCAAACACUGCCCCGCGGCUACGAGACCUCGCUCAGAAACGGAUACUUCAGUGCCAUCAGGGAACUUUACAACGCAAUCAUAAACGAGAAGAAAUACGGCAGGAUAUACUAAUAAACGUUUUAGCUAAUAA